AUGGUGAACGUGAGGAACGCGGUGCAUUCGUUCCUUGUGCACCUAAUUGGCCUAUUGGUUUGGCAAUGCGAUAUUUCUGUGAGCCCAGUAGCAGCUAUAGUAACUGACAUUUUCAAUACCUCCUAUGGUGGACGCUUUAAAUUCCCAGACGGGGUACAAAACUGGCCAGCACUUUCAAUCGUGGUAAUAAUAAUCAUGACAAUAGGUGGCAACAUUCUCGUUAUCAUGGCAGUAAGCAUGGAAAAGAAACUGCACAAUGCCACCAAUUACUUCUUAAUGUCCCUAGCCAUUGCUGAUAUGCUAGUGGGACUACUUGUCAUGCCACUGUCUCUGCUUGCAAUCCUUUAUGAUUAUGUCUGGCCACUACCUAGAUAUUUGUGCCCCGUCUGGAUUUCUCUGGAUGUGCUAUUUUCAACAGCGUCCAUCAUGCACCUCUGCGCUAUCUCGCUGGAUCGGUAUGUAGCAAUACGUAAUCCUAUUGAGCAUAGCCGUUUCAAUUCGCGGACUAAGGCCAUCAUGAAGAUUGCUAUUGUUUGGGCAAUUUCUAUAGGUGUAUCAGUUCCUAUCCCCGUGAUUGGACUGAGGGACGAAGACAAAGUGUUCGUGAACAACACUACGUGCGUGCUCAACGACCCAAACUUCGUUCUUAUUGGGUCGUUCGUAGCUUUCUUCAUACCGCUGACGAUCAUGGUGAUCACGUACUUCCUGACGAUCUACGUUCUUCGCAGGCAAGCAUUGAUGUUACUGCAGGGCCACACGGAGGAACCGCCUGGAAUAAACCUGGAUUUCCUGAAGUGCUGCAAGGGGUAUACUGCCGAUGAAGAGAACUCUGCAAACCCUAACCAAGAUCUGAACGCCCGCCGAAGAAAGAAGAAAGACAGGCGUCCUAGGGGCACCAUGCAGGCUAUCAACAACGAAAAGAAAGCUUCGAAAGUUCUUGGCAUUGUUUUCUUUGUGUUUCUGAUCAUGUGGUGCCCAUUUUUCAUUACUAAUAUUCUGUCAGUUCUUUGUGGGAAGUCCUGUAACCAAAAGCUCAUGGAAAAGCUUCUGAAUGUGUUUGUGUGGAUUGGCUAUGUGUGUUCAGGAAUUAAUCCUCUGGUGUACACUCUCUUCAACAAAAUUUACCGAAGGGCUUUCUCCAACUAUUUGCGCUGCAAUUAUAAGGCAGACAAAAAGCCUCCUGUCAGACAGAUUCCAAGAGUUGCCGCCACUGCUUUGUCUGGGAGAGAGCUUAAUGUUAACAUUUAUCGGCAUACCAAUGAACCGGUAAUUAAGAAAGCUGAUGACGUUGAGCCCGGUAUAGAAAUGCAAGUUGAGAAUUUGGAGAUACCAGUAAAUCCCUCCAGUGUGGUUAGUGAAAGAAUCAGUAGUGUGUAAGAAAGAGUAGCACAGUCUUUUCCUACAGUAAAGCUACAGGUGUAGGAAAAUUUUCUUCUUUAAUUUUUCUGUUGGUCAUAACUAAUGUAAAUAUUGCUGUCUGAACAAAGUGUUUUUAUAUAUAGCUUUGCAACUCUGUACUUUACAAUCAUGCAUACAAUAGUGAGAUUUAGGGUUCUAUAUUUACUGUUUAUAAUAUAUGGAGACUAACUUAUUUUGAUUCAUUAAUGAAUAAAAUGUUUAUUUUGCCUUUCCCUCCCUUCCUUCCCUCCUUCCUUCUUUCCUCUCUUUCCUUUCUCUUUCUUUCUUUGGGGCACAUGGAAAUGUUGAUGUUCCUCUCAGGUGGCAUUUGCAGGAGACCAGAAUGAUGCACAUGACAGUGGUUAUAUUCCAACCACACCAAAAUGAACAAAGUCAGUGGACUCUUUUUCCAGGUUAACAGUAAAUAUAUGCUUUAAAUUCUUGCUCUGCUCAUCCACACACAUAAACACAAUAAGAUAGGUUCUGUCUUCUGAUACAUCCAUCUAUCAGUGAGUCAAAGGCAGAACUUAACCUUGUUGUUACACAUGGGGCAAAAUUUGACAUUGUCAGAAUGUUGUGUU